AUGCUCCAUCAGGUGCUCCUCCUCCUCCUGGUAUGCACAAGCUCCAAUUCGUCGAGAUGCUUCGCGGAGGCCCACCAGACUCACAUGACGACGCUGGCCGUCCACAGCCACCACCACAGGCCGUUCACAGCCACCACUCAUGGCCGUCACAAAAAACACCCCAAAGUGCAGACCAUACAUGAGGACAAGGGCGAGGAGGAGGCAGCAGGAAAGAGCUAA